UGGACAGGCAGCCCUAGAAAACUCAAGGGUGUGUCUUAUUAAUGGAACUGCAACAGGAUGUGAGGUCCUUAAGGAUUUAGUCUUACCCGGCAUCGGAUCCUUUACUGUAGUCGAUGGAAAAGAAGUCGAUGGCGCUGACGCUGGGAUUUCUUUUUUCUUGGAUGGGGAUAGAAUUGGUACAAACAGAGCUCAGGCUGUUACUGAGCUCUUACAAGAAUUAAAUGAAGAUGUGAGGGGAGAUUAUCUUGCAGAGGAUCCUAUUUCUCUUAUUGAGAACAGAAUAGACUAUUUCUUACAAUUCACCGUUGUAAUAUCCAUUGGUGUUCCAGAAAAACCACUUUUAAAAUUAUCAGAAGCUUUAUGGAAUGCAAAGAUUCCACUAUUUAUUGUACUUGUGGAAACACAUCCGGAGAAUAUCAUUGAUCUACGGCUUGAUGUACCUUUUCCAGCUUUAGAACAGUAUGUUAAACCUUUUGAUUUUGAUUCUAUGGAUAAUAUGGAUCAUGGACAUAUCCCUUAUGUAGUUAUUUUGCUGAAAUAUUUGGAUCAAUGGAAAAAAGAUGUAAAUAUUGAUAAAUUUACUUCAACUAU